UGAGAAAUCAAAAAGAAAAUUCGUGAGUUAGAAAAAGAACAUUAAGAAUACUUUUUAGUAUCCACCUGCCAGAGCUGGCAUUAACAACGCGCUGGGGAAUCGCUCAGCAAAAAUCAUAAAAAUAAGAACACAAAUGAAAUCCAGAAUAGCAACCAUUACGGUGGGCUGCCUCCUCUGCCAGAUGCUGCACAUGGCCAUGGCCACUCUGGGCAGCCCAUCCAAGCACGAGCGCAGCAAGAGAACGCCCAUCCCCUGGCUGAUCUUUCCCACAACCUCACCCACACGUGUCAUGUUCAUUGGCGGCAUUGGUUUACCCUUGGAGGAUCUCAACUUUGAGGCCGUGACCACGGGCUAUGUCCUCAAAGUGGAGUACUGGCUGCCCAUCACGCCAGACGACUUGAGGACACCCACAGCCCUGCCCAUUACACAGGUGGCCACGCCAGGCAUCACCGGUGCCCGCAGGCAGCGGAAGCCCAUGUUCGAGAACUUUCUGGUCGGCGUGGACGAGCUGGGCAAGAACACCAGGAAGAUGCUGACGAGAACGAACAAAGUGCUGAGCAGCUAUCGCUGGACCGUCUACAAGGGACUGGAGGGUCUGGCCGAUCGCCUCGGCUACCAGGGCAGGAUCUGUGUCCUGAAGAGCAUUUGCGAGGCUGCCGAGGAACCCUUUCACUUUGCCAAUGGCCUCUUGGCGGAUCUCUUUCACAUUCUGCUGUCUCCCUCCUCUUCGGUGGACAAAUUGUCGGAGCAUGCGGACAAUGAGUACUACUAUGCCGAGAAGAUGGGCCAGUCCGGUGCCGGCUGCGAUCGGGUGUUCAAGGAGUGCCGCCUGAGUCUCCUGCAGCACUUCAGCGAGCUGCACCACAACUUGGAUAAGGUCUUGUUUUGAGCUAAUAAACCAAAAGUCCAACCAAAAACUUUCGCUCAGUGUUC